AAGAACGGAGAUACAGAACAAGGGAGGUUACUCAUUGUUUUCAAAAUGGCUAGCCUUAGCAGACGGCUUUUAACUUUACGCGACCUCGGGAGUGCUGUGUUAUUCCAGCCCACCAGAUGUAUUUCCACAUCACGGCAGGCUUGGUCACAAGCCAAGGCGGCGCUUAAACCUCUGCUUGCAACAUCCCAAGACAAUGGAGUUCGCAUAAUAUGCCUCAGUAAUCCCAAACAACGCAAUGCCCUGUCACUCAGAAUGUUAACCGAGCUCCAUGCUGCACUCUCAGAUGAGGACAAAGACCUGAGAGUGAUUAUUAUUACACACAAAGGGCCUGUUUUCUCUGCUGGCCAUGAUUUGAAAGAACUGACACAGGAAACAGGCAAAGAGUACCAUGAGAAAGUGUUCUCUACCUGCACCUCUGUCAUGAACCUUAUUCAGGAUCUUCCAGUGCCUGUGAUUGCACAAGUCAAAGGGUUGGCAACUGCUGCAGGCUGCCAGCUUGUAGCCACCUGUGACAUAGCAGUGGCAUCAGAGGAAUCACGUUUCGCUACACCUGGCAUCCAUGUUGGUGUGUUCUGUACCACUCCUGGUGUGGCAGUGGGAAGAGUACUACCUAGAAAAGUAGCACUGGAGAUGAUGUUUACAGGCCAGCCAAUAUCUGCAAAAGAUGCCUUGCUUCAUGGACUAAUCAGCAAAGUGGUAGCUGAGGAAAAGGUGGAAGAAGAAACACUAAAGAUAGCAAAUCACAUCUGCCAGUUCAGCAAAGAAGUGAUAACACAUGGCAAAGCUGCCUUCUAUGCACAAAUGAGCCUUGAAAAAAGAGCUGCUUACAGAUUUGCAGAAAGGGCAAUGGUUGAUAAUCUUCAGCUUCCUGAUGCGCAGGAAGGCAUUAGGGCCUUUAUAGAGAAGCGUCCACCACAAUGGAAGUACUAAUCAACAAUAACAGCUGCUUCUUGCUGCAUAAUGAAGAUUUCUAAGCAGUUUAUUUAUCAAGAAACUGCUGGCUUUAGAGAAGGCUGAAUCCUUUUUUUGUGGAGUAUUAUGCAUUGCCUUUUCUUAGCCUGUCUGCGAAGGAAAUGGAUGUUUGGGGUGGAUGCCUCAUAGUGCAUAAAUAAGCCAAAAGAUAUUUCUUUGUUGCCUGAUGAGUUCAAUAGCUGCUAAAUAAAAAUGACCUUUAGCAGUUAUAAGCUGGGUGCUUUUAAUCUGAAUGCGUUACGAAAUGUAAGAAAGGUAAAAAAAAUGUGAAAUUUAAAAAAAUUUGGCACUGUUGUGUAAUACUGUGUUGGUGUAAUAUGAUGCUGAACAUUUAGAACAAUAAUAUUCAGUGGCGUAGGAAGAUGCUUGGCUUUGGGAGGAAGGAGGAGGGAGCAAACUCCAUGCUCACAUUCUUGCCUCCUCGGUAUCUUUUUUUGAGAAGGCGCUGCCCCCUCCCCCUUUGCCUCAGGUUCCUACGUCACUAUUGUUUCUGUAGUUAGAGAUGUACAAGAGUAAUUACAUGGAAGUAGCUAACAAUUUAUUUUUCAAUGGCAGCUGUGAAGAGUUCUAACUAUGUCUUCAGGGGAGAUGGAUCUAGUAUGAAGAAAAAAUGUGAUACACUCCUCUAAAAGGCCUUUCUAUGGGUGAAACUGUGCAAGAUUUAAGUAUGAAAUUAUAUGGUAUUUUGAGUGAUUUGAAAUACACUGGUGUCAACUUUCU